AUGCCAAAUCCGCGAAGUAUACUCAUUUGCUCACCAGUCUGGUUUUAUUGGGAGACUCGACUGAAUCUCUCUACAACUGAAUGUGCUGCACCCCGGCCGCCUCAUGUUUCAGUUGGCACGAUAUUCGAGAUAUCGCAGUAUAUUUUCAUAAAGGAAACUACUCACAAAAUCUUCGAAGUGUUUUCAGCAACCUUGUGUGUAGUUUCCUUUAUGAACACAUCUGCAGACCAACUGCCAGCUCCCAUCGGCCCAACAACAACAGCAACACACGUGAAAAGCCGCCACGCGCCCUUUUGCGCGCCCACUCGCGUUAACUUUGAAGAUGACUCAGCUGUCCAACAGGUCGCGCUUCGUGACAGUAGCAUAGCGGGGACGGUGGGCGUGGAUAUCAGCAACAAUGGACAACAGUGGUAUCAGCCGCAGCGGCGGGAGCAGCACGGACAUAAAUCUCUGCAUGGUGUGUUUUAA